GAUAAAUUGCUAUUCAAUAUUUUUGAAAGAAAAAAAAUAAAUGAUAUAAUAGAUUAAAUAUUAUAAAAAGUUAGAAGAAAUUUUAAACUCUUCACUUUAAUCUCAUGAGGUUCUCCAUAUUGAUCUGAGUUACAAAUAAAUUGGUCACUAAGGUUCACUAUUAUUAAAUUCUUCUUUAGCAAAUUGCACUAAUCUCACAAAUUUGACACUUGAUCUUCGUUACAAUUAAAUUGGUGAUUAAAGUGCAUCAGGCUUAGGUUCUGCUUUAGCAAAUUGCACUAAUCUCUCAAAUUUGACACUUAAUCUUGGUUACAAUUAAAUUAGUAAUUAAGGUACAUUAAACAUAGGUUCUGCUUUAGCAAAUUGCACUAAUCUCUCAAAUUUAACACUUUUUCUAGUUGGAAAUAAAUUUGAUUAUUAAGGUUUAUCAGGCUUAGGUUCUGCUUUAGCAAAUUGCACUAAUCUCUCAAAUUUGACACUUAAUCUUGCUUAACUUUAAAUUGGUAGCUAAGGUGCAUUAGGCUUAGGUUCUGCUUUAGCAAAUUGCACUAAUCUCUCAAAUUUGACACUUGAUCUUAGAGGAAAUUAAAUUGGUGAUGUAGGUGCAUCAGGUUUAGGUUCUGCUAUAGCAAAUUGCACUAAUCUCUCAAAUUUGACACUUCAUCUUGGUGGAAAUUAAAUUGGCCAUUCAGGCGCAUCAGGCUUAGGUUCUGCUUUAGCAAAUUGUACUAAUCUCUCAAAUUUGACACUUUAACUUGGUUACAAUUAAAUUGGUGAUUAAGGUAUAUUAGGCUUAGGUUUUGCUUUAAAAAAUUGCACUAAUCUCUCAAAUUUGACACUUGAUCUUUGUUACAAUUAAAUUGGUCACUAAGGUGCAUCAGGAUUAGGUUCUGCUUUAGCAAAAUGCACUAUUCUCUCAAAUUUGAUACUUGAACUUGAUUACAAUUAAAUUGGUCAUCAAGGUGCAUCAGGCUUAAGUUCAGCUUUAGCAAAUUGCACUGAUCUCUAAAAUUUGACACUUAAUCUUGGUAAUAACAAAAUCAAUAAAUCAUAAUAAUUGAAAAUAAAAAGAAAGUGCUAUAAAUUAAAAAGAUUAGUUGUCUUUAUAAUAGAUUUCUUAUGUUGAUAGGCAAGUAAUGAAAAAGGAUGAAUAAAUAUAAAAUAUUUGAAUAAUAGAAACUAAUAUCUUUUAUUAUAUAAUAUUUUGUAAUAAGAUAAUUUAACCUAAAAUAUAGAUAGAUAAAUUUAUUAUUAUUUUUAUAUUGAUGGAUAUCAUAUUUUGGUAGGUUUAUAGACUCAAUUUUCACCAAAAAUAAUCAAAGCUUUUAAUUUUAAAUAUUAUCCUCUAUAAUAUUAAGUAAUCUGAGGGACUAUAAA